AGUAAUUGUUUUCAAUUAAAGAAUGUAAAUGUAAAUCUUCACAUGCAUAAACUAACUUCUAUACCAUUUUUUUGUGUUUGAAAGAUACUAGAUUUAGAUCCCAGUUCACAGCCACACAAAAUUCAAGAGCUAAAUGGAGUUUCAGCUCUCUACUACAGCAACAAGCUUGCUUGCUUUGUUACUAUUUCUCUACUGUCUGCAAAAAUGGAAAAAAAACACUGAUACAGGGGAAAAAAAGCCUCCCACACCAUCUAAUUCAUGGCCUAUUAUUGGUCACCUACAUCUUCUAGGAAGCCUUCCUCACAUAGCCUUAGGAAACUUAGCAGAUAGAUAUGGUCCAAUCUUCAUGAUUCAGCUCGGGGUAGAAAGAGCCGUGGUUGUAAGCUCAGCAGAAAUGGCAAGAGAGUGCUUAGGUGCCGGUGACAAAGUAUUCUUAAACAGACCUCAGAAAAUCUAUGUAGAACAUAUGGCUUACAACAGUGCCAUGUUAGGCUUUACCCCCUAUGGAGAAUACUGGCGCCAGAUCCGUAAGAUCACCACCAUCGAGCUCCUGUCGAAUCAUCGGGUAGAGAUGUUUAAGAAUGUCAGAGUUUCUGAAGUAAGAUCAGGCAUAAACAGAAUAUCAGGUGCAGGGUCUGAAAUAGUUGACAUGAAACAAUGGUUUCAUGACAUAAGCUUAAGCACUAUAAUAAGAUUAGUUUCGGGCAAGUCCUCGAUUGAAUUUUACCAAAGUGAGGUACAUAAUCAGUGCAUGGAGGCGAUCAGAGAUUUCUUCGAACUGGCAGGUGUAUUUGUUCCUGGGGAUGCACUUCCGUUUUUGAGGUGGAUGGAUAUUGGAGGGUAUGAGAAGAAAAUGAAAAGGGUUGCAAAAGUGAUUGAUGUUGUAGCUCAAAAGUGGUUGGAAGAGCACAAAGAAAGAACAAGCUCGAAAGAGAAAGAAGAAAAGAGGGAUUUCAUGGAUGUGAUGCUUGGUGUUUUUGAGACAGGACAGAAUAAACCUUUCAAAUUUGAUUCAGAUACAAUAAUCAAAGCCAAUUCCAUGGCCAUGAUUUUAGCGGCAACAGACACCACAGCAGUAACCCUAACAUGGGCACUUUCAUUGCUACUCAACAAUAAGGAUGUCCUAAAGAAGAUUCAGGCUGAGCUCGACAAUGUGGUGGGCAAAGAGAGGCAGGUGGAAGAAUCAGACCUCAAGAAUUUAGUUUACUUGCAAGCAGUUCUCAAGGAGACUAUGAGACUAUACCCUGCUGCACCUCUUUCAGCCCCUCGGGAAGCCACUAUAGAUUGCACUGUAAGUGGUUACCACAUCUCAGCUGGCACUCAGUUGUUUGUUAAUCUUUAUAAAAUACACAGAGAUCCAAAAGUCUGGGAAAACCCUUUGGACUUUCAUCCUGAAAGGUUUCUCACAACUAACAAGGAUUAUGAUGUUAGAGGGCAAAGUUUUGAAUAUAUGCCAUUUGGAAGUGGUAGGAGGAUCUGUCCUGGUAUAUCCUUUGCCCUACUAGCCAUGCAGUUUACACUAGCUAGUUUACUUCAUGGAUUUGAUAUCUCAAUUCCGUCUGAUGAAACUGUCGACAUGAGUGAGAGUUUUGGACUGACCAACCUGAAAGCUACACCACUUGAGGUCAUCGCCACACACCGCCUUCCGCACCUAUAUAGUGACCCUAAUAUGACUGCCAAUUGAUAUUUAUAUGUUUUAGUUUUAGAUUUUACCACCUUGCAAUAAGUCCUGAAACUAGCAUUCCACGAUCAACAUAAUUACAGUAUUUCACAAAGCUAUGUUUUGACAUUAGUGUGAAUAACUAUUGGGUAAUUGUCAUUGUCUACUCUUGUUGCUGCAAAGCUUGACGAAUAAGAUUGUUAAGAGUCUUAAUUAGCUUGUUAGUAAAGUUUCAAGAGUCUUACAUGCUUGAAGUUAUCUUUAUUUCCUGUAAUUUUCCAGUUAUAUAUAUUAUGUAUAUAUAGUACAAUAUUAAAAUUAUAAAGCA